GUUUUUUCUCUUCUCUGGUGCCAAAAUUGGGCCAGCCCUUUCCAUUUUUCAGAUCCAAUCCUCCAAUCUCUUUCCUCACUUAACAUUACUGCACGCUCUCUUUGUCGUGAGUUAUGGCGCCGGAUGCUUCGCCGCACAGCACGAUCCUCAUUCUGGGCGGGUCUUACUCUGGGAUCUCGACAGCGCACUACCUCCUAAAACAUGUAUUACCCAGGCUCUCCUCAUCUUACCAGGUCGUUCUCAUCAGCCCCUCAGCACAUGCCAUGUGUCGUCCAGCGUGCCCACGUGCGCUAAUCUCAGACGAGUUCUUUAACCAAGAUAAACUAUUCGUGGACAUCGCGACGCAGUUUGCGCAAUACCCUGGCGAGAGGUUUCGUUUUAUCCAUGGCAGCGCCGUGAGUCUCAACUCAGAGGGCCGCACUGUUUCCAUCGCCCCGGUUUCGUCCGAUGUUAAUGCUGCCCCCACUGUCGAAAUUAUUACCUUUUAUGCCCUCGUCAUCGCAACCGGCGCGUCAACCCCCUCAUCCCUCCUUGGAUUUAACAGCGGCGGUCGUGAGUCUUUGCGAGAGAACUGGUCUGUGAUUCGGAAAGCAUUACCUAGCACGAAAAGCAUCGUCAUCGCAGGUGGUGGCCCUACUGGCAUCGAAACGGCCGGAGAGCUAGGUGAAUACUUAAACGGACGCGCUGGGUGGUUCACCUCUAAACUUGAAAAUCCAAAAGUUAAGAUCACAGUGGUCAGUGCGGGAGCCCAGAUCUUACCUAUCCUGCGACCGGGCCUCGCAAAGAAAGCUGAGGACAUGCUUGCAAAAUUCGGUGUAACAGUUCUCAAAUCCACUCGAAUUGUAUCUAUGUCACCGCAGAUUUCCGGUGGUUCCUUGGAGAACCUAGUAACGAACACGACGAUCACGCUCAGCAAUGGCGAAACUAUAGAGACAGACCUGUACAUCCCCGCAACAGGAACAACACCAAACACAGCCUUCAUUCCAAAAGCCCUCUUAACUGCCGACGGAAGGGUUUCCACGGAUACUCAAACCCUCCGCAUCACCAACUUUAGUGCCACUCCCCGUAUCUACAGUAUCGGCGACUGCAGCUCAGCUUUCCGCCCCGCUGUCCACAACAUCCUUUCUGCCGUCCCCAUUCUCGUGGCGAAUAUGAAGAAAGAUCUUCUCCUCGCCGAAGGGGACCAGGCCACAGGCAAUGACAGAUUAUUCAAAGAAGACACCCGCGAAAUGCAGAUGGUUCCAAUUGGAAGGAGUAUGGGUGUUGGAGCGGCGAUGGGGUGGGCCCUACCGAGUUGGAUGGUUUGGCUGGUUAAGGGGAGGGAUUAUUGGCUUUGGACUACCGGGGGAUUAUGGAGUGGGAAACAUUGGGCGAAGGAAUCUUGAGAAGGCUGAGGAGGUCAUUAUAGGCUGUUUGGGGAUAUUGUUUGAAAAAGAUACCCUUUCAUUGGGUUGGUUAUGGUGGAGGAUUAAUAUGGAUUGGAUUU